AUGGACUACUUUAGUAUAAAGCAGAACUACUACGCGGGUGACUUUGCGCAGGCGUUGACGGAGGUACAGAAAUUCAAUAAGACAGAGGAUGACACGUUACUGUUUUACAAGAUGAAAUGUGACCUCGCGUUGGGAACGUACUCGAAGGGGGCGUCGCACGGCUCACUGGGCAAGAAAUUCGACCUGUACGCCAAAUUCUUGCAAGAUAGGGACAUUUCUGCGUUGGAGAAGUCCAUUGCGGUCGACUCAUCUUCGCCGUACGAAUUGAACCUUUUGGCCUCUGCACAGGCUGUUCUUGGUCAAUUGGACGACAGUUUGGAGACAUGUGUUGCUGGGAUUGACAGCGACGAUGUUACCGGUACCACAGAACUACUUUUACUCGGGAUCCAGGUCACUUUGCUAAACGGUCAAUUCUCCAUUGCGCAAACCAUGCUUGAAAACUUUAUCAGCGGGCAAGAAGGUGAGGUCAGUAGUGAGGACGAGCUGAUCAUCAACUUGGCGGAAUCGUACGUCAAGUUUGCGACCAACGAGGACACCACCAGUUCCAACUUCUACUAUUUUGAAGAACUAGCUCAAACGUUCCCCAGCUGGAAAACCCAAUUGAGUUUGCUGAAUAUGCAUCUGCAACAGGUCAACAUCGAGGAGUCCAGGGGCAUUGUCCAGCUCUUGGAAUCGGACUACUAUGCGGUCGAACAGAAGGAAGCUGCAGCGGUGUACCGGCCACAUUUCCUCGCCAGUAAGAUUACGUUGGCUAUCCUAGAGGGUUCCAGUGAUCUGCCGUUGCUGAGAGAGGAACUGAUUAAGUUGGACCCUCACCAUAGAUACGUUGUGAGCCACAAGAACAUCAACGCUAAAUUUGACGACGUUAUAGCUAAAUACAAGGCAUAG